UGCUCGGGGCCCUCAGGACCUUCGGGGAGCUCAGGACCCUCGGGGCGCCCGGGGCCCUCGGGGCGCUCAGGACCCACGGGGCGCCCGGGGCCCUCGGGGCGAUCGGGACCCUCGGGGCGCUCGGGACCCUCGGGGCGCCUGGGGCCCUCGGGACGCUUGGGGUGCUCGGGGCCCUCAGGACCUUCGGGGCGCUCAGGACCCUCGGGGCGCCCGGGGCCCUCGGGGCGCUCGGGACCCUCGGGGCACUCAGGACCCUCGAGGUGCUCAGGACCCUUGGGGCGCUUGGGACCCUCGGGGCGCUUGGGACUCUCAAGGCGCUCAGGACCCUCGGGGCGCCCGGGGCCCUCGGGGCGAUCGGGACCCUCGGGGCGCUCGGGACCCUCGGGGCACCUGGGGCCCUCGGGACGCUUGGGGUGCUCGGGGCCCUCAGGACCUUCGGGGCGCUCAGGACCCUCGGGGCGCCCGGGGCCCUCGGGGCGCUCGGGACCCUCGGGGCACUCAGGACCCUCGAGUCGCUAA